AUGGGCCCAUUUCCGCCUUCAGAGGGUCAUCGAUAUAUUCUGGUUGCGGUUGAUUAUGUUUCAAAGUGGGUUGAGGCCAUCGCAUGCGCUAAAAAUGAUGCGGCCACGAUGGUGAAAUUUCUCAAGAAAAAUAUCUUCACGCGAUAUGGAACUCCCCGUGCCUUAAUUAACGAUGAAGGCACAUAUUUCAUCGACCGCAUCAUAACCAACCUGUUGAUCAAAUUUAAUGUCAGCCAUAGAGUUGCAACUGCAUAUCACCCACAAACUAAUGGGCAGGUAGAAAUCUCCAACAGAGAAAUCAAGACCAUCUUGGAAAAGGUAGUCAGUACCUCCAGGAAAGAUUGGUCACCCAAGCUUGACAAAGCACUAUGGGCAUAUAGGAUUUCCAUCAAAACUCCAAUCGGAAAGUUGAAGUCCCACUGGUCUGGGCCAUUCCACAUCAAGACUAUCCUUCCCCAUGGCGUAAUGGAGCUAACAACUGAGGAUGGAAGCAACAUAUUCAAAGUCAAUGGUCAAAGAAUUAAGCCCUACUAUGGGGGCAAUGUGGAACGACGCAUGGAGACCAUCGACUUAGGCAAGCAGGAUUGA